AUGUAUGAGAUAAACGACACACUCAAACAGAAACUAGCAGUGUAUUCCUCACGUCUGACUCGAUACAAAGAAUCUAACCAGAUAAAAGCAGACAACAAUAUGUUCAACAAAAGUGAAAAACAAUUUUAUAAAAAGUUAAAAACCAGUACAAAAUAUGAAGUUAGACCCCCCAGUAAAACAGACAUAACAAACUUUUGGAAAAAUAUGUGGAGCCAUGAAAGUAAACACAAUGAUAAAGCAUACUGGAUCGAAGAAGAAGAACAAAUACAUGGGGAUAUCAAAGAACAAGAAGAUUACAUAGUAACGGAAAAAGAGUUAAAACAAACAAUUAAACAACUACCAAACUGGAAAGGUCCUGGUAAAGAUAACAUACAUAACUUUUGGUACAAACGAUUCACGAUCCUACACAAACACUUAACAGCACAGAUAAACAAAGUCAUCCAAAAUCCUACAGAAUUUCCCACAUUCAUCACACCAAAAAACGCUGAAACGAAAAUAGACACACACCUCACAAACAACAACAUAAUAGCCGAAGAACAAAAAGGAUGCCGAAAACACAGCCAAGGAUGCAAAGAACAAUUAGUAAUAGACUCGGUCAUCAUGAGACAGGCAACAACAGAUAAACGUAACAUAUGCACAUGUUAUAUAGACUACAGGAAAGCGUUUGAUACCGUACCACACAGCUGGCUAAACAAAAUCAUGAACAUAUACAAAAUAAAUCCAACACUACAUCAUUUCCUCAAAACAAUCAUGCAAACUUGGAACACACAAAUACUUCUUGCAACGAACACAGAACAAAUAAUAACAGAGACGAUAAGAAUCAAGAGAGGGAUAUUUCAGGGCGACUCUCUAAGCGCGUUAUGGUUCUGCAUGUGUCUGAACCCACUCUCUAACAUACUGAACAGAACUAACUACGGCUUCAAGAUAAAACACGAUAAACAAGAAGGACACAAAAUCACCCAUUUGCUGUACAUUGAUGACAUAAAAAUAUACGCUGCAACAAAAUCACAACUGACACAACUGGUAAAAAUAAUAGAAAAAUUUACAAAAGACAUUAAUAUGGAAUUUGGGAUCGAAAAAUGUAAAGCCAUGCACAUAGAAAGAGGGAAACUAACAGAUGAAAGCGAACCAGAAACUUUAAACAACGAAAUACUAACAAACAUGCAGAUAAAUGAAACAUACAAAUAUUUAGGCAUAAAUCAAAGCACGACCAUUAAACACACAUUAAUCAAACAACAACUAAAGGAUGAAUACAAGAAAAGACUCAACCAAAUCCUAAAAACAGGGCUUAAUUCAAAAAAUCUGUUCAAAGCUGUAAACACAUACGCAAUCCCUACUCUUACAUACUCGUUUGGAAUUAUAAAAUGGACAGAUACAGACUUGGAAAACAUAAACAUCUUAACACGAGCACAACUUACUAAACAUAGAAAACUAGGUACCUACAUCCUAACUCGGCAAAAGAACGCAUCACCAUUAGCAGACGAGAAGGAGGAAGAGGUUUAA